AUUUCUUGCAAGCUACAAUAGCCUUACAGACAAACACCUGGUUGGAUAUUUCAGCAAUACCAGGAUAAGACGGCAUCUUCAGAGAUCAGGACUGAUCUCAAGGAGUGGAAGAAUAAUAUCUGAGAAAGAAUACCAGCUAAAUGCUAUGAGGAGGGAGCACCAACAAUACGUACAGGAGUGCCUGGCUCGGGCCAUAUUUCAUAAGGUCCUUGACAUAGAGCGUCAUCAUCAGCUGGAAAUAAAAAGGAAACUUGAAAAUUCUUUGGGGAAGGAGAGGGUGCAGAAAAUCAAGGUGGAACGAUCCAGAAGAUCAGUGGAAGAUGCCAGACCUAUGCGGUCGCCACAUCCACCCCUUGGUCCAAGAAAUCAUUAUGGGCUCCAGCCUUUAGUGGCUGGAGAACCAACUGGUCACUCACAACUGACUUCCUGGCGACCAAAUACAGCUCCGGGAAAUAUGCAACACCCACUUCGACUCCAGCCACUUCGCAGCUGUGCUGUAGAAGGGUCUAUACCAAAGACUUCAAGCUCUAAACAGAAGUGCCACACACUUGAACAUGAUCAGCAGUUUGCCAGUGGGGGGCAGAGGAGUGGAUUAAGACUUAUGAAUUCAAUGGGAUAUGUGACUGGUAUAUCCCCAUAUCAACUGCCCGUCAUUAACAAUUAUGUGAUACCAGUGCCACCUCCGCCCCUGCAAAAAGGAGACAAGAAUGUAAAUGCGGUGAGAGAUGGGAUGCCCAGAGGGAGACGACUUCAUCCCACCACUGCACCAAAUGGCUUAGAGCAACUUUUAACAAAGAAUUCUGGAGGAUUCCCGAAGUCCUCGUUACGCAGCAACGCAUUUGUUACUAUGGUCUUUCUAGGAAAAAGUGUGCAUUUAUCUCACAAUGACACUGAUUACAGAGAUGAAAUCAAAGUCUAUCAGCAGCAUUGUGGAGGAGAAAACCUUUGUGUCUACAAAGGCAAGCUAUUGGAAGGAGAAGCCUUUCAGUUUGUCUCAAAGAGGCACCAUGGUUUCCCGUUCAGCCUCACCUUUUUUCUCAAUGGGAUACAAGUGGACAGGUUGAGCUGUUGCUGUGAGUACAAACAUCAGAAGCGUUCCAGGCUGGGAGGCAAACGUGGAUACUUCGGGUUUCUUAAUGUGGAGGGAGCAUCUCCUUGCUACAGGUGCAUUAUUGCAAUGGAUCUGGACAAAAAGCCAUCCCCUCCCAAGAGAAAGAUGGAGAACCAUGAGGAAAAGCAUGUGGGUUCCUGGAGAGAUGGAGUGCGCAAUGAGCCAAGUAAAAGCAGUGUUGAGCAGAAACCAAGCAAAGAUUCAGUGUUAGUCAUCUUACCAGGUCAUGAAGUGAGUGUGGACACUAUUGAGGACAAAAUGGAGACCGGACAGGAGUACAGAAAAGAAGAAAGGAAAAAACUAUCUGAUCGUGAGAGUGAAGAUAGUCAGGAAGACACCGAGUAUGAUGAAGAUUUUGAAGCAGAUGAAGAAGUUAAUGAAGAGCGACAGACUGGGGUUCAAAUGAAUGGAAUGUCAAAGUCAUCCUCAGAUGAUAAAAAACAUGAUUUAGACUAUGAAAAGGACAGUAAAACCUUAUCACAAAAGGCACUGCAGGCCUCUGACAGCGAGAAAGAUGGAAGUGAUGGAUAUUCUGACAGUGAGUCAGAGGAUGAUAAACAAGGUUAG